AUGCUCCAUUCACAAGUGUUAUUGAUAUCUCUACUACUUAUUUUGACACAGGCAACUUUAUCAAUUAAUGGUGAUUGUGUUCCACUUAACCAGAGAUGUACAAAAACUAUAUUUUCACCGUGUUGUAAUAAUACAGUAUGCAAAUUGGAUGGUCCAUUCUAUGGAAGGUGUGUAGAAUGUUUAGCAGACGCUGCAUGGUGUUGGCAUGACAAUGAAUGCUGUUCUGGAAACUGUGAUUGGUUCAGAUGCAUAAAACGCGAAAAUUAAAUAAAUAAAUAAAUGAAUAAAUGACAAGUUAAACAAUACAAUAAACAUGCAUCAUAUUUAUUUAAACUAUUGUAACAUUGAACGACUGAUUUUACUGAUUUUGUUUAAAUGAUGAA